GCCGAUGAGUGUUUGCUGCGGUCUCUUCGUUUCAUUCUCAGAACGCUGGAAACUCUAUUCCACACAUCCCCAGCUUUAUUUAGACCUCAAGCUUCUUUAAACUUUACAUCCCACACAAACAUUCGAGAGGAAAUAUAUUUUAGACCGUUUAUGUUACCUUCGGAACGCAGAGAUUGCACCGGUGGUCAGAACUUGAAUUAUGAUAAGCAAAAUGGGAGGAAAGUCGUUUCUAGCUCACUGAAGUUGGGGGCUAUCCAAGUGGAAGAGGUGGCGGCAAGUCGGCAACACCACAAGCUCACUCUCUGAGAAAGACUGAGUCCAUCUUUACUACGCACAGUACCUUCUCCAUCGAGGUGGGCUAAGAUACAGUACCUCCUCCAUCGAGGUGGGCUAAGAUACAGUACCUCCUCCAUCGAGGUGGGCUAAGAUACAGUACCUCCUCCAUCGAGGUGGGCUAAGAUACAGUACCUCCUCCAUCGAGGUGGGCUAAGAUACAGUACCUCCUCCAUCGAGGUGGGCUAAGAUACAGUACCUCCUCCAUCGAGGUGGGCUAAGAUACAGUACCUCCUCCAUCGAGGUGGGCUAAGAUACAGUACCUCCUCCAUCGAGGUGGGCUAAGAUGAGUAUAACCAGUGAUGAAGUUAACUUCUUGGUCUACAGAUAUCUUCAGGAGUCAGGUUUCUCCCACUCAGCGUUCACCUUUGGAAUUGAGAGCCACAUCAGCCAGUCCAACAUCAAUGGAACACUAGUGCCCCCUGCUGCCCUCAUCUCCAUCCUGCAGAAAGGCCUCCAGUAUGUGGAGGCAGAGAUCAGCAUCAAUGAGGAUGGCACAGUGUUUGAUGGGCGGCCCAUCGAGUCUCUGUCACUCAUCGACGCGGUGAUGCCGGACGUGGUACAGACGAGGCAGCAGGCCUUCCGCGACAAGCUAGCCCAGCAACAGGCGGCCGGCAGCAUGGCAGUUGUUGCCGCUAGCAACCAACUUAAUGCAACAAAGAACGGAGAGGCCACCGUGAACGGGGAGGAAAACGGAACACACACCAUCUAUAACCAGAGCGAGCCCAUGGAGAUGGAUGUGGACGUGGAGAUCCCAGCUAGCAAGGCCACGGUCCUCCGAGGCCAUGAGUCAGAGGUUUUCAUCUGUGCCUGGAACCCUGUCAGCGACCUGCUCGCCUCUGGGUCGGGAGACUCGACAGCCCGGAUCUGGAACCUUAUUGAGAACAGUAACAGCAGCUCCACCCAGCUGGUGCUCAGACACUGCAUCAGGGAGGGGGGCCAGGACGUCCCCAGCAACAAAGACGUCACCUCACUAGACUGGAAUAGCGAUGGGACACUCUUAGCAACCGGAUCCUAUGAUGGAUUUGCAAGGAUAUGGACAAAAGAUGGUAAUCUGGCGAGCACCUUGGGCCAACAUAAAGGACCCAUAUUUGCACUGAAGUGGAACAAGAAAGGGAACUGUAUCCUCAGUGCUGGUGUAGAUAAGACGACAAUCAUUUGGGACGCACACACAGGAGAGGCUAAGCAGCAGUUCCCCUUCCACUCAGCUCCAGCCCUGGACGUGGAUUGGCAAAACAACACAACAUUUGCCUCCUGCAGCACAGAUAUGUGCAUCCACGUGUGUCGACUGGGCAGCGACCGGCCGCUCAAGACCUACCAGGGCCACACGAAUGAAGUCAACGCUAUUAAGUGGGACCCGUCAGGGAUGCUACUAGCCUCUUGCUCUGAUGACAUGACUUUAAAGAUCUGGAGUAUGAAGCAGGACUCAUGUGUCCAUGACCUCCAGGCCCACAGUAAAGAGAUCUACACUAUCAAGUGGAGCCCCACCGGCCCAGGCACCAGCAACCCCAACGCCAACAUCAUGCUGGCUAGUGCCUCGUUUGACUCAACUGUGCGUCUGUGGGAUGUGGAGCGAGGUGUGUGUAUCCACACCCUGACCAAACACCAGGAGCCCGUCUACAGUGUGGCCUUCAGCCCUGACGGGAAGCACUUGGCCAGCGGCUCCUUCGACAAGUGUGUCCACAUCUGGAACACCAUGACUGGAGCCUUGGUGCAUAGCUACAGGGGGACCGGAGGGAUUUUCGAGGUGUGCUGGAACAGCACAGGAGACAAAGUUGGUGCUAGCGCUUCAGAUGGAUCAGUAUGUGUUCUUGAUCUCAGAAAAUAGCAUCCUGGCAGUGACUUUGAAGUUGGACCCUGCCAUCAGCAAACACUCUCAUAGCUCAAAGCAGGCCUGGCAACAUGGAGGACAUCCUCAUAGGGCGGACACAGGAGACAUUUUAACAACCACAAACUACUUAAUGGCAGAGGCAAUCCUCAGUUUGUGGAUUUGUGUCUCCUGUUUAAGACCACAAAGAACUUUUCCUGGGUUAAUUAACAUACUGGACGAAAUCCAAUUUAUUUUGUUCAGCCAUGUUUUUAAAGGUGCCUUGCGGCCCUGCUGUUAUCUGGCUAGGGUCUGAAUCAUGAGGAAGAGGGUUUGUAUAGGAAGAGGUGUGAGGAGAGACAGACUGGUGUUUUGGGUGUGUUUGACAUGAAAUUGUGAGAGAAAGGUUGUGUUUUAGAACUUAUCUAAGCACAUGUUAGCCCUAUGGAGUCCUGAGUUGAGAAACAAUAUGGGAGACAUGAGGAGAGUGACAUUGUUAUUGCUGCACUGGCAUUCUCAAAUUAUGUGAUGUUUAAAUUGUCCUCAGUGGAGAAUAGUUCCUGUUUAAACAGUACUUCUUGCAGAUUUUUCACAAACGGACUUCUGAAAGUCAGAGUUAAAAAAGGUGCCGCUAUGCGGUAGCUCUGUGCUCGCAUUUAAUAACAUCAAGGUCAACCAAAAUCACCAAACUGACAUGUUUAACUUCUCUAAGUUUGAAUGACAUUUAAUUCACUUUAAAAAGAAAAUAUGCAAAAAGCGUGGUUUAUAAGCAUAUAUUCUCCCUUCUGGAUGUACAUUUAAUGAAUGUAAAGAUAUGUAAAUUAGAAAAAUACACAGACUUAUAUACUGUGUAUAUAUGUUUAUAUUCAGUACACUUUAACGUAAUCUUCUAGACGCUCAAUACUGGCUUGAGCUAUCACAUCUUUUCUUUGCUGAUACUCGGUUACAAGACCCUGAUUCAAUUUAAUGCACGUCAGAUAGAUGUUUCUUUUGUUCCCAUGUAUGUUAUUUUAUUCUGACAAUUAUGUGUGUAUCAGGUUGGUGUGUUAAGUCAGGUGGUGCUGAAGUGGACUGUAGUCAUUUCACUGAUGGCUCUUUACACUUUAAGCCAUGGAGAUCUGUGCCUCAACGUAACUGAAUGGACCAUGGGUAAUGAUGAAUGGGAUAAAGAUGGGAUGUUACAUUCUGUAGACUCUACCUGUUUUGUCGGGGUUACCCCUGGCCCAGGUCUGGGAUGUGAAACAGGACGUGUCUGUAUUCAGCCCUAAUGACAACCAUUGAAAUGGAAAUCAGAACAGACAGAGCGCAUGCUGAUUUGAGAAGGAGAGGAUGCUGUGAACAUUUGUAUUGUGUUGUCUUAAUGUUGCUUUAGUAGCAAUGUGUCAUCACUAGUCAUCUACUGAGCUUUUCUUACAGUACUCCUUUGUUUGGCAGGGUGAUCGUUCUGGUGGAAAUCCAGGUUACACGCUGACUGAUCAACCAGGCUCUGAUUGGUCAAAUGGAAGUCCUACUGUAGCUUCUAAGCUGUGAUUGGUUGAGUUGGGUUGAGGUCCCGACAUUACCACCGCCUGAUCUAAUUGGUCAGAUUGGACUUAUUUGACUUGCCUGUAUGAUGGAUUUAGCUUUGUGUGCAGUAUGUCUACUUGUACUUAUCGUGGUCUAACGUGACAGUCUUUUCAAACUAACAAGCCACCACUUUGAGAAUGCCUUUUUUUUCUGGUCCAUUCUUUCAGUCAAGCUCAUUUUUAGGUCUUUCAGUCAAGCUCAUUUUUAGAGCACUUUUUCAGAAGGUAGGCUCAGCUUUUGUUUGGAUUUGUGCUGAAAGAGGAAGGCCAGCAUUUUAUUUCAUUUUUUUUAUAUAUAAAUAAUCUGGCGUUGAUGUUUUUUUGCUGAGAGCCAAUAUUGUCUGUGUCAGACUGAGAAUCGGGCUGUGGUUGGUGGCCAUCUUGGCAUGUUGAGAAGCCCAGUGUGGAAUAAAAUGCUGUGACUGACAGCGAUCUCUCUCCUACCCCAGUCUAGGAUAUGGUCAUCUGUUUCCAAGACUAAACAAUGAAUUCACACUCAAUGUCUCAAAUAAAUCACUCUAUUUUGAUAUGAGAAAACACUGUC